AUGCCAACAUACAUCGUCAAAGCCCCGCCCGGCCUGACGGCCGCACAGAAAUCAACGAUCGCCCAGGCAAUAACCGACCGGCACCACGAAGCGACGGGUGCGCCACGGUUUUUCGCGCAGGUCGUGAUCGAGGAGGACGGGCCAGCACAGGAACGCCACCUCGGCGGCGUGCCCGCCGCGUCUGCCAACACGAAGGGACAUAUCUGGGUCCACGGCAACAUUCGGUCCGGGCGCAGCAAGAGCGUCAAGGAGACACUAGCGCUCAGCAUCAUGCGUGAUAUCGCGCAGAUCGCGGACCUCAACGAGGCCUUCGUCUGGGUCUACCUCAGCGAGAUCGCGCCGACGAACAUGGUCGAGUAUGGCCGCGUGCUCCCGCCGCCUGGGGGCGAGGAGGACUGGUUCGCUUCGCUGCCGUACGAGCUGGCGGCGCAGCUCGAGUCUAUGGGAACGACGAGGGGCAACUUUGUGCUGUGA